UUAAAAUUAUGGUCACACCAGCCCAUACACUGAUAAGUUGUCCAGUUGGAACGAAUUUAGUUAACAUUAAUAUUAACGAAAAAUAACUAUUUUAAGAUGCGCACAGUGCUGUUGAGCAAACACGAUGAGCUGUACCUGGAGAAAUGCGCACAGGAGAAUCAGUUCUCGUACGGCAUAAUUGUCGGCCAUCAAGCGGACCUCACCAAGAGCAUUGUUGUACACCUGGCCAGGAACAAUGAAGAGGAUGCGGAUGUGGAGGACCUGGCGGAUGUUCGGCUUACCAUUUCGGAUAUUAACUCACAGGCGUUGGCUUCUCAGUGGCUCAGCGCCAGCAAAAUGUGUCCCGGAUCCUUUGACGUCAUCGGAAUCUUUGUGUCUUCAGUAAGAUCCGAUGUAGUUAAUGAGCAGAGUGCCGAAUUUAAGAAUGCCAAAAAGCUGUUUUCAGACAUCUAUGACUUGCUUUUGAAAAGCAACAGCUCCUUUGGUGUCUACACCACCGACGUUGCACAGACUGAUUUCGUAUUCCUCUCGUAUUCGCUGGCCGACAAGAAAGUGCUGUGCAAAAACUACAGCUAUGGAAACGGCGGCACUUUCACCAACAUGGAAUACAAGUUUGUGGAGAAGCCCUUUGAGUGGAUUCAGCUGGAGUGCAGUUACGAUCUGGACGAUGUGCUACCCAUACUGGAUUCAUCGCGACGUGUCAACAUCGAAGAUCAGUUCCAGAAUAUUAUAGUGUCGGUGCGCAAAAACCUGCUAGCCAGUGAGGUUUUCCUGCAGAAUGAGGUCGUCGAGGAUACCAUCGAUCUUCAGGCGUAUAUUAAAAAGAAAAAGACGAAAGUUGACCAGCAUAAGCCCACAUCUGCUAGCGGUGGUACAGCCACAGUUGCCAGCAAUACCACAAACUCCCUGCCCCAGCUAGCUUCGGAAGCAAUCAUCGGUGGUGGCGAACCAAUCCGGGCAAGCAUUGUGCUCCCAGUGAAAUGUCAGUUGAGCAAGCCGACGGACAUUAAAGUGCGCGAGUUUAGUGGAACCCUGCAUAUGAGCGGCAUUAUAGCCACAAAGGUUUUCUGCAAUCCACGGAACAGUAUAGCAGAUGUGAAGCGUUUCGUGCGCGAUGAUGUCCUGCGAUCCCUGAUCACACGUAUUCAAGUAUAUUGCGAUGGACUUACCGAUCCCUAUGUGACCAAUGAAGCUCUGUAUAUUAGUGAGCCACCUAGGCGGGUAUUCUUCAGCCUUCCCUCGGAGGGUCCCAGUACUUCAGUCGGAGCGGUGGUUCAGUUUUCCGAAUACCUAUUUCGUGGCGAGGCUCCCACUGUUGUGGUGGCCCAGGCCAAACAAAUCUUGGACGUGGAACUGGACCCCGAGACUAUUUCCGUGGAAGCCGAAGGACUCCCAGAUGACUCAAACUUCACCAAUGCAAAUACAGGUGCCGAUCGCACAGAUGACUCUAGGAUUAUGCCCAGUUCGAUGCCAAAGCCAGAACUUUCGCGCAGCCUUUACAUGGUGGGAAUUGCGGUGGCUUUGCUGGUACUCCUUGCAUCCGUUGCUCUUCACUAUAUCCUGGCCGAACGGUAGGCAGCUGGAAUGCCCAAGACCUCUUUAUACGACAUGUUUUUUAUACAGAUACAUUAUUUGCAAGAGUGCCGAGGCACUCACCUCUCUAUUGUGAUCGUUUGUUUUUUAUAAUUCAUUGUGUACUCGUAGUAGUAAAAAGGAUGUGUUUAGGGAUCACGUUAAAUAGUUUUAUUGUGGAAGCAAAACUGUGCAGCAUUUAACACCAAUAUAAUAAACUAAUAAGUAAUAUAUAUAUAUAUA